AUGAUGUUCACCGCUUGCAGUACAGCGAAAGAUCUCUGGUUGGUCUGCUACAUCGAUCGUAUGCUUUCAUUGGAUCAUUCAGGAGAUUUGUACAUGAAGUCAAGUGGUGACGUUAAGGCUGCCGUGAAACUGCAAAAGUUAAUACAGUCGUCCUUUCCUCGUCUCUCCAAAUACAAGCAACGAUUCGCGUGGGCAGCUAGACCACUGCUCGAGGAAAAGCUCACUAGAGCGGCAUCACAUUCCCGAUUCACCAAAGGGUUCAGUACAAUGCAAUUGUUUCGUUGUGAUAGUAACAGACUCAUUGACCAGGAUCUUCAGAAGUAUCUCAACGAUUUUGCGAAGAUGGAGAGGACUGGCAAGUCGGUUCUUCCUAAUUCUUCGGUGGCAGUGAAAGUCGAAGUUUUGUCGUCAGAAGACGAAUUGCAGUGUAAGAGAAUUUUCUGA